CUGUGUUCGUGUACAAAAAUCUCGUUCGUUUGCGUUUCGUUCGUUCCAUGCCAUCAAAGAAAAAUAGCCAGCAGCAGCUUUUUCGUUCGCGUUGUGCAGUGCGAUUGUGCUAAAAUUCAAUACAAUUUGAUCAAGUGCAUCAUCCGGAUUCCGAUAUCCGUCCAGUGGCAUCCCAAACCUGUUGCAUUUAGUGUGGCCCCCGACGAUUACGGUUUCUUUUCUUUUUGAACAAUAAUGUCUGCUCCCGAAGGAACUUCAAACGGUUUUCCUAAAUUACCACCCCCGCCGACGGGCAGCACCCAGCCGACCGGCAGCGCCAACAAUGCCACCAGCAACCGGCUGCAGCAGACGCAGGCCCAGGUCGACGAGGUGGUCGGCAUCAUGCGCGUCAACGUGGAGAAAGUGCUCGAGCGGGACCAGAAGCUGUCGGAGCUGGACCAUCGGGCCGACGCGCUGCAGCACGGAGCGUCGCAGUUCGAGCAGCAGGCCGGCAAGCUCAAGCGGAAGCAGUGGUGGGCCAACAUGAAGAUGAUGAUCAUCAUGGGCAUCAUCGGAGUGGUUCUGCUGAUUAUCAUCAUCCUUUCAAUAAUUUACUAGACCUUUUCCAGUAGCAACAACAACGUCCCUCCAUACUUCAAACAAUAAAAUUGUAAACACCAACCAACCUACCUUUUUCGACGAUAAAAAUCUUCACUCAAAUAUUUAAUAUAUAUUCCGCGCGCUUUGAAAGGCAAUUCUAAAGAAGAAAAAUCAGACUCAUCUAUCGCCACGUUCUAUCAGCAAACGAUAAAGAAGAAGCGACAAAAUGUCCCCAGCAAAAUAAAAACGUAAUCCUUAGUCGUUAUCACUCGACACCCGGCCAGGCCGCGCGGUCCGUCGGUAGGCUCUUGUCCUUGUCGUCCGGAGGAUAGAAAAGAAGGAGGGACACUGCUUCUGUCACUGUGGUACAAACUUCGAGGAAGCAAGAAGAAGAAAAAAACUCGUUCCUUUGAAGAUGAUGGCACAAAAUCGCGUCACUCUCGAAUGUAGGAAAUAACGGAAAUUCAUCUCAGUCCUUCUCCAUAUCUUUUUUGCCUCGUCUGGGAGCUCCGCUCCGCCGCGAAGAUCCUUUCCCCACCCCGCCACCCAGUAGACAGUGGUUUCCUUAGCAAGCAGCUGCAGCGGUAGUUUCGGUCACCGUCUGACGACGUUAAGAUUUAGGUCGUACAUCACAGUGAGGAGUACAUCUUAUUCAGAGUAGUUCAGAGUCUGCAAUUUCCUGCUUAGUUUGGUGGAUGUGGUUAGGGUGCAAGUAAGUAAUCCUUGAAGCAGCAAAAAAAACGCACACUUUUUAACGGAGCGUAGGUCAAACUGUUAUCCAACUUAUCACAAUAGAUUAUAUACACACAUUCGGGAUCGUUAGGAAACCAGAAAGAAAAUCUUUGCUUUUUUGUAGACUUUUAUGUAAUUGUUAUAUACAUAUGAGAAUAAUAUUACCGUUUAUUAUAUAUUGAAAAAAACUAAUUAUAUGAUAUCUAUGAUAA